UUCAGUUUGACUUAUCGAUCGCAGACAAGUCGCACACACUUCUUGCAUGGGAUUCCCUCUCAGGCAGCUGCAAUCGAUAACGGAUGUGAGCUGCAAGUUGUAGUGUAGUGGAGCCCGUGUGUGAGAAUUUCCUGCACUUACCCCGAUAUGGCUGAAGACCGGGAGGUGUUCCUGAGAGCCCGGGACAGGACAUUCACUGCUUUUAAAAAAGAUGAAGAAUCGCAUUGGAAAGGCCCCUUCUACUUCAUACAUGGUGCAGACCCGCAGUUCGGCCUCAUGAAAUCGUGGGAAAUUGGUGACCCUGAUUAUGGCGGCAAUGAAUGGCAGAGAGAGAUCUCCUUAACGGAAGAUGCUGUUCAGGCUAUUAACAAGUUAAACCCCAAGCCCAAGUUCUUUGUGAUUUGUGGUGACCUCGUUCAUGCAAUGCCAGGAAUUGAAUGGAAAGAGGCUCAAGAAAGAGAUUUGAAGGACGUUCUUCAGAAGACCAGCCGAGACAUUCCACUAGUGUUUGUUAGUGGAAACCAUGACAUAGGUAAUGCGCCAACUGCCGAAACCAUACAAAGCUACUGCAACAAUUGGGGCGAUGACUUCUUCUCGUUCUGGGUUGGUGGCGUUUUCUUCUUGGUACUCAAUUCUCAAUUGUUUUUUGAUUCUUCCAAAUGCCCUGAAUUAAAAGACGCACAUAACAGAUGGCUUGCAGCGCAGCUAGCGUUGGCACAAGAGAGAAAGUGUAAGCAUGCUAUCAUAUUUCAGCACAUUCCUCUCUUCCUUCAAACUCCGGAUGAAGAUAACGACUAUUUUAACAUAGAGAAGUCACUACGGCAGGAGUUAUUGGAAAUGUUUCAUAAAGCAGGAAUAAAAGCCGUGUUCUCUGGACACUAUCACAGGAACGCAGGAGGCACGUACAAAGAUCUAGAUAUGGUGGUUACAUCCGCUAUCGGUUGCCAACUUGGAAAAGACACACACGGCCUGCGAGUGGUGGCGAUCACCGAAGACAAAAUUGUGCACAGAUAUUACAGCUUAAAUGACCUAAAUAAUCAGGGUCUUGAACAAGAUCUAAUGGAGUUAAUUAAACCAAAAUCAGAUCAUUUAAAUUGGUCUACAGAUUACGCAGUCAACCAGCCCUACAUUUACAUGUUAACCCCUUAGUUUCCAGAGGGAGUUACAGCUCUCAGGCAGCCAAGGGGUUAACAAAAGGGACAUUAAACCCAAAACAAGUCUUUUAUGAUUCAGAUUGAGCACACAAUUUUAAGCAACAUUCCAAUUUACUUCUAUAAUCUAAUUUGCUUCAUUCUUUAGAUAUCCUUUGCUAAAGAAAUAGCAAUGCACAUGGGUGAGCCAAUCACAUAAGGGAAAUAUGUGCAGCCACCAAUCAGAAGCUACUGAGCCUAUCUAGAUAUGCUUUUCAGGAAAGAAUAUCAAGAGAAUGAAGCAAAUUAGAUGAUGGAAGUAAAUUAGAAAGUUGUUUAAAAUGGUAUUCUCUAUCUGAAUCAUGAAAGAAAAAAAAUUGGGUUUAAAAUCCCUUUAAGUAUUUCAGAAACUAGAUACGUAUCACAGGCUUAAAGAGAUCAUGUUAGUGCAAAAAAUAAAAUAUUUGUUAGAGCAUUCUAGCCAAUAGCUCACCAAUAGCAUUUGUGCAAUAAUAAAAUCCUCUUUUGAAUUAGAAUAUGGUAUUCAUGCUCUAACGUGUCCCUUUAACUCUUCUGCAAGCUUCUAUUAAAGGUAUAUGCACUAAAUGCAGGUAGGGGUUAUAACUGUAUUUUUGUACACGGACAAAUAAUUAAUCUCUGCAAACAACUUAGUUUAUUGUAGAGCAACAUGCUUUCUGUGUACCUAUAAUAAUACUGUAGUCUAAUCUUUAAAAGAUGAUCUCAAAUCCACUCUAAUUAUAAUUGUGAAAAUUAUAUAUUAAAUUAAUUUGUUGAUUUACAA